UCAGAGCAGGAUCACUUAUGAUGGUUAGUAUGUAGAAGGUAGAAAAAUAGGUAGAUGGGAUAUUUGGUUUUAAAAGAAUCAUGGAAAUAAUCAAAAGAAGUUGAUGUAAUUAGAAUGUUAUAUAUAUUUUUACUAAAAGUGGAGGAGGCUAAUAUGAUGAAGAACAAUCAGGUUAUUAAUUUACAGACUCAAUCAAAGUAGGAAAAUGGACUGAACUAUUUGAAGGGUUUUGUAGGUAUGUUAGAAUUGAAUAUUUAAAUCAUUAGGAAAAGUUAAAUCACUUAUAUUGGUGAAUAUCAAAAUGGUAAAAAAGUAGGAAGAUGGGAUAUAUUCUACAAAGAUUUAUGGACAAAAAAGAAUUAUUUAAUGUAAGUAAAUAUAUAUCAAUUAUUUGGAAUAUAGUGGUGGUGGAUAAUAUAAUAUUAAGUAAGAUGGAGGUCUUAUUGUUAAUUCAAAUAAGAAUGGUAAAUGGAUUGAAUUGAAUGAUGGUUUUUGGAGGUAUUAUAUAAAUUAAAAUUAUUAGUUAUGGUUAAGUAUUUUAUAGUGGUGAUUAUAUUAAUGGGAAUAAAUAGGGAAGAUGGGAUAUUUAUUUUAAGGAUGAAUGGAAAUAUGAAAAUGAAUUAAUGUAAGAAAAUUUUUAAUAUUUUUAUAAAAAUAGUGGUGGAGGAACAUAUAUAAUAGAACAAGAUGAAAAUAAUAUUGUAAAUUCACAUAAGAUUGGAAAUUGGAUUGAGUUGAGUGAUAAUUUUGGAAAUGGAUUUGGAUAAUAAUAAAUUCUAUAUUCUGGUCAAUAUAAAAAUUGUUAAAAAAUUGGUAUAUGGUAUAUAAUGAAGAGAGAUAAAUACAAAAUGGAAGAAGGAUUCAAGAGAAGCAAAAAAAUAUUUAGCUAUCCGAAUUUCAUCUUGUGA